AUGACUGCUGGAGGUGAAAGCACACCACCGACCUGCCUCACAGAGGACAGAGAAAAACUUAGACCCCUGGAAUUCAGCCCCUUGUUAACUUCUACCUUGGUUGUUUUUUUUUUUUUCCUCUUCAGACAAGUGAGAGAGAGACUAAAGAAACAAGUUGUUGAGAUGAAAGAGAAAUUUCCAGGCUUCAGACCAGGACUCGCAAUUUUGCAGGUUGGAAAUCGGGAUGACUCGAACCUCUACAUUAAUAUGAAGCUGAAGGCUGCUGCUGAGAUUGGGAUCAGUGCCAAUCACAUAAAACUGCCGAACACAGCAACAGAAGCUGACGUCCUCAAGUGCAUUGCCUCUUUGAAUGGAGACCCUGCUGUUCACGGCUUUAUAGUGCAGCUGCCACUUGACAGUGAUAAACCCAUCAAUACAGAAAAAAUAACCAAUGCUGUUGCACCUGAGAAGGAUGUAGAUGGUUUAAGUAGCAUCAACGCUGGGAAACUCUCUAGAGGGGACCUUGGAGACUGCUUUAUUCCCUGUACACCAAAAGGAUGCAUGGAACUUAUCAGGCAGACAGGCAUCCAGGUUGCAGGGAAAAGAGCUGUAGUAGUUGGUCGCAGUAAGAUUGUUGGUGCUCCCAUGCACGACCUGCUGCUCUGGAAUCAUGCAACGGUAACCACUUGUCACUCAAAGACCUCAACUCUGGCUGAGGAGGUUGGUAAAGCUGAUAUCCUGGUGGUUGCAGCUGGUAAAGCUGAAAUGGUGAAAGGUGAAUGGAUCAAACCUGGUGCAAUCGUAAUAGACUGUGGAAUUAACCAUGUGCCAGACAGCACAAAGGCCAGUGGAAAAAGAGUUGUAGGAGAUGUGGCAUACAGUACAGCAAAGGAAAAAGCUUCCUACAUUACCCCAGUUCCUGGUGGCGUUGGGCCUAUGACUGUGGCCAUGUUAAUGCAGGUACGUGGGCAGAUUGAGACUGCUGGUCAUCUUUACAUUUGCCUUUGGGGUAUGUUGCUGCUGACCAUCAGCACGCUACCAAAUGAUAUCGAAAUAUCGCAGUCUUGCAUACCCAAGCCCAUUGAUCAAGUUGCAAGAGAAGUUGGCCUGCUCCCUGAUGAGGUGGAGCUCUACGGCCAAACUAAAGCCAAGGUUCAUCUGUCAGCUCUGAAACGGCUGAAGAACCAACCAGAUGGCAAAUACGUUGUUGUUACUGGGAUAACUCCCACUCCCCUGGGAGAGGGGAAAAGCACCACCACUGUUGGUCUUGUUCAAGCCUUAGGAGCACACCUUCACCAGAAUGUCUUUGCCUGUGUUCGGCAGCCUUCUCAGGGACCAACCUUUGGUAUAAAAGGUGGAGCUGCAGGUGGUGGCUAUUGUCAAAUUACCCCCAUGGAAGAGUUUAACCUUCACCUUACUGGUGACAUCCAUGCUAUCACUGCAGCCAACAACCUGGUUGCUGCUGCUGUCGACGCACGUAUAUUCCAUGAGCUAACUCAGACUGACCAGGCUCUCUACAACCGUUUGGUGCCUUCUGUCAGUGGUGUUAGGAAGUUCUCAGACAUUCAGAUCCGAAGACUACAGAAAUUGGGCAUUAACAAAACUGAUCCUAUGGCUUUGACAAAGGAAGAAGUUAACUUAUUUGUGAGAUUGGACAUUGACCCAGGCACCAUAACAUGGCAAAGAGUACUGGACACAAAUGACAGGUUCCUUAGGAAAAUCACUAUUGGACAGUCUCCAACAGAAAAAGGCUUCUCACGAAUGGCUCAGUUUGACAUCACGGUGAGCAGUGAAAUCAUGGCAGUUCUAGCACUCUCUGAUGGGUUGGAUGAUAUGAAAAAGCGACUGGGCAGAAUGGUAGUAGCCUCCAGCAAGAGAGGAGAGCCAGUUACAACAGACGACCUUGGAGUGACUGGUGCUCUGGCUGUCCUGAUGAGAGAUGCUGUUAAACCAAACCUCAUGCAGACACUAGAGGGAACACCAGUGUUUGUACAUGCUGGACCUUUUGCCAAUAUUGCACAUGGGAAUUCUUCAGUGUUGGCAGACAAAAUAGCACUGAAGCUUGUGGGUAAAGAGGGUUUUGUUGUUACAGAAGCAGGAUUUGGUGCAGACAUAGGCAUGGAGAAAUUCUUUAAUAUUAAGUGCCGCUAUUCCGGUCUCCGGCCUCAUGUGGUGGUGUUGGUUGCUACUGUCCGAGCUCUGAAAAUGCACGGAGGAGGGCCUGCAGUCACUGCUGGGGUACCUUUACCAAAGGAGUACAUGGAAGAGAAUCUUCAGCUGUUGGCAAGAGGCUGUAGUAACCUAAACAAGCAAAUCCAAAACGCACGGAUGUUUGGUGUCCCAGUAGUAGUGGCUGUCAAUGCUUUCAAAACAGAUACAAAGGCUGAACUGGCCCUUGUAGUCCAAAUGGCAAAGGAAGCGGGAGCGUUCGAUGCUGUGGAGUGCACUCACUGGGCAGAGGGAGGUAAAGGAGCGGUUGCACUGGCCCAGGCUGUUCAGAGAGCGUCGCAGGCACCAAGCAACUUCAGGUUCCUCUAUAAUGUGGAGCUCCCUGUUAUAGAUAAGAUCAGGCUUAUUGCACAGCAGAUCUACGGGGCAAGUGACAUUGAGCUACUUCCAGAAGCACAGGAGAAAGUCACCUUGUACACUAAGCAAGGAUUUGGAAACCUGCCAAUCUGCAUGGCUAAAACUCACUUAUCGCUGUCUCAUGACCCUGAACAAAAAGGGGCACCUGCAGGUUUUAUUCUGCCAAUCCGAGACAUUCGGGCCAGUGUUGGUGCUGGAUUCCUGUAUCCACUAGUAGGAACGAUGAGCACUAUGCCAGGACUUCCGACAAGACCUUGUUUCUAUGAUAUAGACUUGGACCCAGUGUCAGGAGAAGUAAAUGGGCUCUUUUGAAAGGAAUUAUUAACUAGAGCUCCCAGAAGAACACCUGAUGAGUCAUGUAAACGGAACUAUGCCCUGACUUUUUUUUAAAGUCAAAACAAGAUAUGACUGAGAAUAUAGUGCAAGAAGUGACUGGAAGGAGGAGUGCUAAAGAAUCAACCACUUACUUUUAAUCUGUAAUAAUUUUUUAAACUGCUGCGUUCCCAGCUAGUUGACACUGAGCAUAUAAAACAUACUGCCUCUACAAACCUCUGCUUCACAAUUGUAGAUGAAGCAGAAUGCAGAAGCUUGGGUUUAGUGACCUCUCUUUGAUUCAGUGACAUAAUUUUAAUAAUUAAAAAUCCUAAAGCUG